AUGAGAUUCACUACUGCUUUAGCUUCCGCUUCUUUUAUUAGCGCAGCUAUGGUAUCUGCUUUGCCUCAUGCUCAUGCUAAGCGUGAUGAGGACUGCUCAACUACCGUCCAUGCUCAUCACAAGCACAAGAGAGCUGUUGCUGUCGAGUAUGUUUACCAAACCGUUACCGUCAACGGCCAGGGUGAAACCAUUGCUCCAGCUACUGUCACUUCCACCGAAGAAGCAGCUACUACUUCGUCCACUGAGGAUCAACAAACCACUACUUUGGAACCUUCAACCUCAAGUUCUGAAGAAGAAUCUUCCUCUUCUUCUUCUUCUUCUUCUUCUCAAUCCUCUACUGAAUCUUCCACUGAAGCUUCUGAAUCCUCCACUUCCUCCCAAUCUUCCAGUUCUUCGUCAUCUGGUAGUACUUCAACCUCUACCAGCAGUUCCGGUGAUCUAUCAUGGUUCUCCUCUCCAACUGAGGAAUUCGAAGACGGUGUGAUGUCCUGUGACGAAUUCCCAUCCGGUCAAGGUGUUGUCUACCUAGAUUGGUUAGGAUUCGGUGGUUGGUCCGGUAUCGAAAAUUCGGACGGUUCUACCGGUGGUACUUGUAAAGAAGGUUCUUACUGUUCUUACGCUUGUCAACCAGGUAUGUCCAAGACCCAAUACCCAUCUGAUCAACCAUCAAAUGGUGUCUCCAUCGGUGGUUUGCUAUGUAAGAAUGGUAAGCUUUACCGUUCCAACACUGACGAAAAGUACUUGUGUACUUGGGGUAUUGACAGUGCCUACGUCGUUAACGAAUUGUCUGACGUCGUCUCCAUCUGUAGAACCGAUUACCCAGGUACUGAAAACAUGGUUAUCCCAACUAUUGUCAACGGUGGUAGCAAGUUACCAUUGACCGUUGUCGACCAGGAUACAUACUACACAUGGCAAGGAAUGAAGACAUCGGCUCAAUACUACGUUAACAAUGCUGGUGUUUCUAAGGAGGAUGGUUGUGUCUGGGGUACUUCUGGGUCUGGUAUUGGUAACUGGGCUCCAUUGAACUUCGGUGCUGGUGCCACUGGCGGUAUCUCUUAUCUGUCUUUGAUUCCAAACCCAAACAACCGUGAAGCAGCCAACUUCAACGUCAAGAUUGUUGCAGCUGACGGUGGUAGCGUCAUCGGAGAAUGUGUUUACGAAAACGGUUCCUACAACGGUGGUAGCGAUGGUUGUACCGUUUCAGUGACUUCUGGUGCUGCUAAUUUCGUUUUAUACGAUUAA